AUGGCUUUGGUGAAGGAGGAAGAACCGAGACGAUCUAUUCUGGCGGAAGUUGCUGCGGGAUCCGCAGUGGACCCUGAAGAUGACUGGGCCGGCAUGGGAGAUCGCAAAGAGAGGCGACGACGACAGAACCGGUUGAACCAGCGGGCUUACCGUGAGCUGCACAUCCCCUCCUCCACCUCCUCCUUCUCGACCCAACUCGCCCGUUCACCCUCCCGCAAAACCACCACCGCCACCACCACCGCCACCAUCACCACCACCACAUCGACAACGACGAGGAGACCCCGCAAACCCUGCGCAGACCCCAUCACGCACAGCAAUCUUCAAUUACUCCUCGCGCAAUUUACCCGCGUCGCCUACGACUCGUACAUGACGGGCUCCCCGACCCUCGACCACCUCCUCACCGUCAGUCGCAUCAAUGUCUACCGCGCCUUCGCCACCAACAUGCUCACGCUCGGCAUGGGCCCCGGCAGCGACUGGAUGCACGACGACGCGCUCUCCGUCUUCACGACCAAGUCCCCGCACAACGCGCUCGACCCGUCCGCCCUCCCGCCGCACCUGCGCCCCACGCAGCUCCAGCGCACCGUCCCGCACCACCCGUGGCUGGACUUCUUUCCGCUGCCGCGGUUCCGCGACAACCUCGUGCAGAUGGCCGACCGCUUCGACGACGAGGAGCUGUGUCUCGAUAUCAUGGGCUUCUGGGAUACGCCGACGGAGACGUAUAGUCUGCUGGUGUGGGGGGAGCCCUCGGAUCCCGCGAAUUGGGAGGUCUCCGAGGACUUUUUGAGGAAGUGGCCGUGGGUCCUGCGCGGGUGUGCGGAGUUGAUGGCGAGUACGAAUCGGUGGAGGGCGAGAAGGGGGGAGAGAAUGCUUUUGAGGUAUUUGUGA